UUAAUUGCAAACAAAAGAGAAUUCUACUCCAGAUUACUUACUUCAAUACAAGACAUGAACCAACCAAGUAGUACUCGCCCGAACAUACAAAGCAAAAACUGCUUUAACAAAAAUGCGUUAGUAAUUAAAUGUAACCAAAGUAACUAGAAAGUUGGAAAGUAUUUAGUCACAAGUAACUGACUACAGACAAAAAUACGCGUUAUAUGAGUCCACCCCCUGAAAAGAGUUCGGCAUUCGCAGCACAGCAAAAUGUUGAUAAAAGAAUACCGUAUACCCUUACCGCUUACGGUCGAGGAAUAUCGCAUCGCACAGUUGUAUAUGAUAGCGAAAAAAAGUCGCGAAGAAAGUCAUGGCGAGGGAAGUGGCGUGGAAAUUAUCAUUAAUGAACCCUACAAAGAUGGGCCCGGCGGGAAUGGUGGGCAGUAUACGAAGAAAAUCUAUCAUGUGGGCAGCCAUUUGCCCGGUUGGAUAAAAAGUUUAUUGCCAAAGAGCGCCCUGACGGUGGAGGAGGAGGCAUGGAAUGCUUAUCCCUACACACGCACGCGCUACACCUGCCCCUUUGUUGAGAAAUUUUCGUUGGACAUUGAAACAUAUUACUUCCCAGAUAAUGGUUAUCAGGAAAAUGUAUUCAAUUUGAGCGGCAGCGACCUGAGAAAUCGCAUUGUGGACGUCAUUGACAUCGUCAAGGAUCAACUCUAUGGCGGUGAUUAUGUAAAGGAGGAAGAUCCUAAGCUAUUUGUAUCUGAGAAAACCGGCCGCGGUCCAUUGAGCGAAGAUUGGCUGGAGGAAUAUUGGCGCGAAGUGAAGGGCAAGAAGCAGCCCACAGCACGCAAUAUGUCGCUUAUGUGCGCCUACAAAAUCUGUCGCGUCGAGUUUCGUUACUGGGGUAUGCAAACUAAGCUCGAGAAAUUCAUACACGAUGUGGCACUGCGGAAAACCAUGGUGCGCGCACAUCGCCAGGCAUGGGCGUGGCAAGAUGAGUGGCACGGUCUGACAAUUGAAGAUAUACGUGAGAUUGAGCGUCAAACGCAGCUAGCGUUGGCAAAGAAAAUGGGUGGUGCCGAAGAGAGCGAGAGUGAUGCGGAGGAUGCUGAUAGCGUGGCUGACUUGCAUGCGCGGCCUAUUGCAGGCAGCACGGGCAGUGAACUUCGAAAGUCUGGUGGCGCGCCUCCACCUAUUGUUACCCAAGAACCGCCAAGCGCUGAAGGAACCUCGGAUGAGGAUGAAGAGGAGGAGGCUGCACAGGAAGUGAGCGCACGUUCACGUUCGCAGAGCAUACAAAUGACUAAGGCGAAAUUUGGUUCGAAAGGUGCACUGCAUUCACCAGUUGGAUCGGCGCAUAGCUUCGAUUUGCAGCCGCAUGCUAAGAAUGUUCACCAUAAAAAUGUUGCAAAUUGGCGCAUGGAGCGCCUGGAGGUGGACACCAAAUCCAACUCCGAUGAAGAGUUCUUCGAUUGCGUUGAUACCAACGAGACCAACUCCCUCGCCAAAUGGAGUUCGCUUGAGCUGCUCGGCGAAGGUGACGACAGUCCGCCACCGAGUAGUGGUGUCGCGUAUAAAGACAGUCAAGAAGACAGUAUUUUCAAUCAAGACUUCCUAAUGCGUGUUGCCUCCGAGCGUGGCAAUAAGCGACAGCUGCGUUCUUCGGCUAGCGUAGAUCGCACCCAUGAUGCGUCGCCACCGGGUUCGCCCGGCGCGCCAUCUUGCUCCACCACCAUACUCAUACUUGUAGUGCAUGCGGGCAGCGUCUUAGACGCCACCAGCGAGCUGACCGCCAAGAAGUCAGACAUUACCACAUUUCGUGGCGCUUUUGAGGGCGUUAUGCGCCAACAUUAUCCCAGUCUAUUGAGUCAUGUCACAAUUAAAAUGGUGCCAUGUCCCUCCUUUUGUACCGAUGCGCUGGGCAUACUUUCAAGUCUUAGUCCAUACUCAUUCGAUGCAUCGCCAUCGGCGGCGGAUAUACCAAAUAUAGCUGAUAUACCAAUUGGCGCAAUACCACUGCUAUCGGUCGCUUCGCCAGAAUUUCAAGAUACCGUUAAUAAGACAGUGACUGCAGCAAAUAUUGUCUAUCAUGAGUUUAUUAAAUCCGAAGAGGGUCACGGUUUCGCCGGUCAAGUGGUAAUGCUGGGUGAUUCGAUGGGUUCGCUGUUGGCCUACGAGGCGCUAUGCCGUAGCAAUGGUUCGGAUGGUGGUGGAAGUCGGUCAUCGCGCACCGACGACGAUGACCGCUUCAAUGACUCGGAUUUGGAUGCAAAACGUCUUUUGGUGGCACCUUCGCCGCGUCGUCGACGCUCAUCGUCGAGUGAUUCUCGUAGUGGCAAAUUAGAUUUUGAAGUAGGUGAUUUCUUCAUGUUCGGUUCGCCGCUUUCCAUCGUGUUGGCAGCACGUAAACUGCACGAUGCCAAGGCGGCGCUGGCACGCCCAAACUGUAAUCAGGUGUACAAUUUAUUCCAUCCUACCGAUCCAAUUGCUUCCCGACUGGAGCCAUUGCUCAGCGCUAGGUUUUCCAUAUUGGCGCCGGUAAAUGUGCCACGAUAUGCCAAGUAUCCGCUGGGUAAUGGGCAGCCAUAUCAUUUACUGGAGGUCAUUCAAUCGCAUCCACAGCAUUUUAGCGAUGCUAACAAUAUUCUGGCCGGCCGACGUCUAUCAGAUGCCUCAAUGCAAAGUACUAUUUCUGGUCUAAUUGAAAAUGUAUCGCUAAGUACAAUCCACUCACUUCAAAUGAAAUGGUGGGGCACAAAGCGUUUAGAUUACGCUUUGUAUUGCCCGGAAGGCUUGAGUAAUUUUCCAGCUCAUGCCUUGCCGCAUCUAUUCCAUGCUAGUUACUGGGAAAGUGCGGAUGUAAUUGCGUUCGUUCUGCGCCAGAUUGGCAAAUUCGAUGGCAUUCCAUUUGUCGGCUCUGCCGAUGACAAAGACACAGUCACCUUCCAUCCAAGUCAGCCACGUGAGAAAUGGAUGAAGAAACGCACUUCAGUUAAACUGAAAAAUGUCGCUGCUAAUCAUCGCGCCAACGAUGUUAUAGUUUUAGAGGGACGAGAACAACGCCUCAAUGCACGUUUCAUGUAUGGCCCUCUCGAUAUGAUUACUUUGCACGGCGAAAAGGUCGAUAUACAUCUAAUGAAAGAUCCACCAGCUGGCGAAUGGACAUUCCUUGCCACCGAGCUGACCGAUAAAAAUGGCCGCAUUGCAUAUACCAUUCCCGAACAAGUCGCAUUGGGCUAUGGCAUCUACCCGGUGAAAAUGAUAGUGCGCGGCGAUCACACAUCCGUUGAUUGCUAUGUAGCCAUAGUGCCGCCAAUGACUGAAUGUGUAGUCUUUAGUAUUGAUGGUUCCUUUACGGCGUCAAUGUCGGUGACGGGGCGUGAUCCGAAGGUACGCGCUGGCGCUGUUGAUGUCUGUCGCCAUUGGCAAGAGUUGGGCUACUUGUUGAUCUACAUUACCGGACGGCCGGAUAUGCAACAGCAGCGGGUGGUAUCAUGGCUAAGCCAGCACAACUUCCCACAUGGGCUGAUCUCAUUCGCUGAUGGAUUACUCACUGAUCCACUUGGUCACAAGACAGCAUACUUGAAUAAUUUAGUGCAGAAUCAUGGAAUCUCAAUUGUGGCUGCUUAUGGUAGCAGCAAAGAUAUAACUGUUUACGCAAAUGUUGGUUUGCGGGCCGAUCAGAUAUUCAUUGUGGGCAAGGUUAGCAAAAAGUUGCAAUCGAGUGCCACGGUCUUGAGUGAUGGCUACGCUGCACAUUUAGCUGGUCUGCAGGUAGUGGGCGGUUCUCGUCCUGCCAAGGGUAAUGCGCGCAUGGUAAUACCGCGUGGCUGUUUCAAUUUACCUGGCCAGGCAUCGAAUCCACGUCGCAGAAGCAACGCAUAUGAGAAAACUGCAGACGAAUGAGCUACUAAUAUAUGUAAAUAUGUACGCAUAUACAUACAUACGUAUGUACGUUUGUAACAAGCAGCCAGUGAUGGGAAUAUUAACAGCACUUAGCUUAGUAUUUUCUAAGCGAGCAAAAUUUAGACGAAUUUAUUUGUUUUAUUUCGAAUUAGUUAAACCAAAAACACAUAUCAUUACACAUUAGUGGAUAAAAGUGUGCAAUUAUUU